AGCGGUACAGCAGGUAGGCGUAUACCAGAUAAUCCUGUCUCGGUGUACGCCGGCUCCUCUGCGAGGGCAGAGCGAGCGGCGAGCGAGGGCGGGACCGCUUAGGCCUCAGGAGGUGGAGACCGCAGCGCCCAGGCUUCGAGGCCGGUAGUGUGACGCUAGGACGCAUCACAAAGGCAGCGUUGUGAGGGUGGUGACGCGAGGGGCGGAGGGCUGGGCAGGCGGCCCGAAGAGCCGGGAGGCGGGGUGGCACCCCCACCGUGAGCGCGAGGCGCUCUCUGUAGGCGGCAGGCGGCAACACACAGUACCGCGAGAUCUGGCGGCGUGGCUACCAUGGCGCAGGCGUUUGAAGGCCCUGAGGCGGUAGCGACGUUGGAGACAGCUAUGCCGGCGGAGCGUGCGGCUGCUCAGCACUCGGUCCCGGCGCCAAACCCCAGGGCCGUGCGGAGCCUGCAGACCGCUCACGACGUCGGCGGCCCGCGAACCCGCACGGGGGACGUGCUGCUGGCGGAACCGGCGGACUUCGAGUCGCUGCUGCUGUCGCGGCCGGUGCUGGAGGGGCUACGGGCGGCCGGCUUCGAGCGGCCCUCGCCCGUGCAGCUCAAGGCCAUCCCGCUGGGGCGCUGUGGGCUUGAUUUAAUUGUUCAAGCUAAGUCUGGCACUGGGAAAACCUGUGUAUUCUCCACCAUUGCUUUGGACUCUCUUGUUCUUGAAAACUUAAGUACCCAGAUUCUGAUCUUGGCUCCUACAAGAGAAAUUGCUGUACAGAUACAUUCUGUUAUCACAGCCAUUGGAAUAAAAAUGGAAGGCCUAGAGUGUCAUGUCUUUAUUGGAGGGACUCCAUUAUCACAAGACAAAACUAGACUUAAAAAGUGUCAUAUUGCUGUUGGAUCUCCUGGCAGAAUUAAACAACUGAUAGAACUUGACUACUUGAACCCAGGCAGUAUACGUCUCUUUAUUCUUGAUGAAGCAGAUAAGCUUUUAGAAGAAGGCAGCUUCCAGGAGCAAAUAAAUUGGAUUUAUUCUUCUUUGCCUGCCAGUAAACAGAUGUUGGCCGUAUCAGCUACUUACCCUGAAUUUUUGGCUAAUGCUUUGACAAAGUACAUGAGAGAGCCCACUUUUGUAAGACUAAAUUCCAGUGACCCAAGUCUCAUAGGUUUGAAGCAGUAUUACAAAGUUGUCAAUUCAUACCCUUUGGCACAUAAGAUUUUUGAGGAGAAGGUUCAGCAUUUACAGGAACUGUUCAGCAGAAUUCCAUUUAAUCAAGCCUUAGUCUUUUCUAAUUUGCACAGCAGAGCACAGCAUUUGGCUGAUGUCCUUUCUUCUAAAGGCUUUCCUGCUGAGUGCAUUUCAGGCAACAUGAAUCAGAGUCAGCGUCUUGAUGCUAUAGCUAAACUGAAGCAGUUUCACUGCAGAGUCCUCAUUUCCACAGAUUUGACUUCCCGUGGAAUUGAUGCAGAGAGGGUGAAUCUGGUUGUAAAUCUGGACGUACCAUUGGAUUGGGAGACCUAUAUGCAUCGGAUUGGCAGAGCUGGCCGUUUUGGUAAAAAAACUUGCUUCUUUUUCUUUUUAUUAUUUUUAUUAUUUUAUUUUUAUUUUUGCUAUCAUCACUCAGAAAAUGCUGGUCUAGAGCAGCUCAAGAAUUCUAAUACUUUUUAUUCCUUUUAUGUAGAUCCCAUUCCUCCUGGUCUGAUGGAAGAAUGUUUGGACUGGGAUGUGGAAGUUAAAGCUGCUAUGCAUUCAUAUGGCUUAGCAAGUGUACCUACCCAGCCCCAAAUUCAAAAAAUAGAGAGAACCUUUCAAAAUCAGAAAGCUCAUGGUAACCACAUUGCUUCAUCUGGAAAUACUUCUGUAUCUGCACUAUCAGUCAAAUCAAAGCAUAAUACCAAACAGAAGCUUCCUGUGAAAAGUCACUCAGAGUGUGGAGUCACAGAAAAAAUACCACCAAAAGAACUGAGCUCUGCCAUACAAUUGGAAGAGCAAAUGAAGAAUCCUGUUCAGACUUCGGUUGAAAACUCUACCAACAGUCAUCACCAGGUCAAAGAAGCUUUACCUGUGUCACUCCCCAAAAUUCCUUGUCUGUCUUCCUUUAAAUUCCAUCUGCCUUGCACUUUGACUUUUGCGGAAUUGGUAGAAGACUAUGAACACUAUAUUAAGGAGGGGUUAGAGAAACCUGUGGAAAUUAUCAGGCACUACAUAGGUGCGGGGGAGCAGACUGUGAACCCUCAAAACGGUUUUGUGAGAAAUAGAGUUACUGAAGAGAGUGUGCAGAUAUUGGCAAGUAGUCAGUCUGGCGACUCUGAGAGUGACAGUGAUUCUUAUAGCUCAAGGACUUCCUCCCAGAACAAAGGAAAUAAGUCAUACUUGGAGGGUUCUUCUGACACUCAGCCGAAAGACUCGGUAUCGGCUCUUAUGGAUGGCCAUAUUUCUCUGGAACAGCCUCUGAAUGGAAAUGACACCCCUAAUCUUGAGUAUCAGGAAUCAACUGAAAUCCAAAUAAAGGCAAGGCAUGAAGAGGGCGCUAGCCAGAGAGCUAAGCAGAGCCGGAGAAACCUUCCCAGGCGAGCUUCUUAUCAAUUGCAGUCAGAACCCCAGGAGGAUGGUUGGUAUGACUGCCAUAGGGAAACACACCCAAGUUUUUCUGAUACCUAUCAGAAUUAUGAGGAGUACUGGAGAGCUUACUACAGGGCAUGGCAGGAAAACUAUGCUGCUGCCUCUCAGUCGUAUUAUUGCAAUGCUCAAAGGCAUCCAAGUUGGAUGGCGGCCUAUCACAUGAAUACCAUUUAUCUACAAGAAAUGAUGCGUGGCAACCAGUGAUUGUAGGCUGUUUCACAGACCAUCCGGAAAUACCAGCAAGUGAUGCCUUUGUAUAAUAUCCUCCUUGACUUCUAGUGGAAUGACAUGGAGUGGCAUUUUUGAGGACCUUGAAUGUUCUUGAGGCUUUCCACUGGGACACAUUUUUCAGAUUGUUUUGACAACCUGAUUUAGGUCAGGUACAGUAUCUUUUUUUAAGAGACUACAUGAAUCAGAUUCUUGAAAGAAAAUAUUGGAGAUACAGAGCUAAAGGUCCCAGAAUGCCAUUUUUGUAAGCCAUUCCCCAAAAAAAGGCUAUGCCACUGCUUGCUUAAAAAAAAUAAAACAGCUGACAUUUGAAAAAUA